AUGAAGAAACUCGUGAGUUUAUUCAUGUGAACACUAAUAGAUUAUUUCAAUUUUUACUCAGUUAUUUCAGAAUAUAAAAAAUGAAUUCAAAACAAAUUACAUCAAUUGCGCUGUAGUUCACACAUUUGUGCUGUUUUAGAAAUGGCGCAAAAUCAUGGUGCACAUUUUCUCAACUUUUGGAUAUAAUAAAACGUCACCAAAAAGAAGGAACGCCAUGAAAAACAUGAUAGGACGUAAGUUAUGCUGUAAGGAUUGGAAAAUUAGUAGCGAACACAAAAUCCCGUCUGACUUGAGUAAUUCUAUCUGUCUGUGUUCACGGUUUCAUCGUCCUGGCUUCUACCACGCCAAUCAAACUGAAAUCUAACCUAAAAUUUAAGAUCUAUAAAAACAAUGUUUUCUUUUGAAUUUACUCAUUCCCGGGAAAUUUAUUUGGCUAAUAGAAAUCAAAUUAAAUAACAAUGCGAAACAUAAUUGCAACAAUGUCAUUUCAUUCAUCCCGACACAUUCUCAUCUAUAUUUUACAUUUAAAUGUUUGGAUAUGCAAUAUUAGGGACAGUAAACACUGCCAUUAUUCACCCUAAAUUUAAAUUUAAAUUUGAUUUUACCAUUUCCGUUUCAACAAGAUGACACAGAAACUAUUUGUACAUACUGCAGGUUUCGUACAAUUCUUGUACUUUCCCCAAUUAAUAAAUAAUAUGUAUUUAAUUAUGAAAUAGAUUACUAGCUAUAACUUUUAUAAUGGAUGUAAAUACUCCGGAAGAUGAAGAUAUAUCCUUCCAUUUGGGGGAAAUGUUUGACAGUUACGAAGAAUUGGAACAUAAAUUGGAAAAAUUUUCAAAGCGUAGUCUUGUUCACUAUUGGAGAAGAGAUAGCAGGACAGUUAGCGGUGCUCAUAUGAAAACUGCUCGUCCAAUUAGCGAGCGUUUAAAGUAUUAUUCUGUGAAAUAUGCUUGUAUCUAUGGUGGUCAGAAGUUUUUACCACGUGGAGCUGGCAGGAGACAGUCUCAAUCAAUAAGAACAAAUUGUCCUGCUCAUAUUAUGUUAAGAGCAUCAAAAGAUGGUACAAAAUUAGAGGUAACUAGUGUCAAUAAUGAACAUAAUCAUGAAAUUUCAGAGGAAUUAUUUAAAAACCUUCCACAAGAAAGGAAAUUAUGUGGUGAAAUUAAGCAGGAAGUACAGGAUCUCAUGCAAUUACACAUUGAUCGUAAGAGGUUGAAAGAAUAUGUACGACUGCGAACAAAUAAAAUACUCAGAUCCAAAGAUUUAUUUAAUAUAGCAGCAGCUAACAAACAGAAAAGGAAUAUAACACCCGAAAGAGCGUAUCAGUUGUUUAAAAAAAUUCAUGACAUAGAGAAAAUGCAAGGUAGAGAUAACGAUAGGAAGGUACAUUCUGAAUCUGAAGAUGAAAUCGCACAGACAAUAAAAAGGAUGAAAAAAGAACAGGAAUCUCCUUGGGGUCAAGAUGAACUACCUACCGAAUUAGAAGUAAGUGAAGGAAAUGAUGGUGAAGAUUCCUACAGUGGUCAAUUAACUCAAGAAGAAGUAGUAGAUGAAAUUGACACAACUGAAGGUGAACUACUAAGAACAAACAAUGAUGGUGAUAUUAUAGCAGCAAAUGGUGAAAUUGUAGGAGAAUUAGUAAUGCAAGACGGAGAUCCAUCCGUAAUCGUUGAAUCUAUUGUAAACGCGGAUGGUUCCGUUUUCGUAGACGAAAGAGAAUUCAAUACUUAUUGUAACAAUCACUUAUCACAUACAGUGGAUGGCAGUCAAUCUCCUAGUACUAGAGUUCUAGAUAUCGAAACUAUGACACCUGCCACUGAUAUAGAAAAGAUGAAAGCAGCUCCCACUUCUCCUAAACAACAGAAUAGGCCCAUUACACCACAGUCGCAGCAGCCUGUAAAAUCACCGAGUGCUUUCGAUGAAACUACAGACUCUAGAAUUUGGAUUAUGAAGGAAGCUACAAAUCCAGAGACAGACACUGAUAACGGACCUGAAAGUGAAGUGAAUCGUUCAAAUUUAGAAGCGACUACAAAAGCGGACAUUGAAGCGCCGGAAGUAAUACUAUCGGAUGAAGCCAGUCAUCAAUUGCUUCAGGAACAAUUAGCCGUGCUUCGCGCAGAAAAAGGAAAGUUAUAUCACGAAACUGAAAUGUUAAAACUUAAGAAGGAUAAAUUGAAGUUACAGAUGAACUGUUACUCUAAUGAAAUACGGAAGCAAGAAAUGGAAAAGGAGAAACUUAGACUCGAAAUUAAAUUGUUGCAAUCGAAAGUUAUGGAAGAUUCGAACGAUGUUUCUCAUUAUAUUUUUGUGCCUUGAGCGACACAGUGUGGUAAAAGACGAACGAUUAUAAAACACAAGUAUCGCGUGAACAAAUUGUAAUGGCUUUUUUAUGAGAUCAUUAAAUUAUGCUCAAAGCAGUAAUUUAAUUUUUUUAUACGCGUAUAACAAAGCAAGGUUGUUUGUUUACUUACUUUUAUUGAACGGAGUCAUCGCAGUUUGUAAUUGAUGUUGAUAUUUUUCUUAUUCUUGUACAUACUUAAUCGA